AUGAAUCGUCGGGGCCGAGCGAUCAAGGAGGAGCAUACAGGAGGGAGUUCAAGUAGACACUCAUCAGGCAUGGCAUCUACAGCUAUUCCACAACCAAUGGAGGGACUCCAUGACCCAGGUCCUCCUCCAUUUCUCACCAAAACUUAUGAUAUAAUAGAAGAUUCAAGCACAAACCAUAUUAUUUCUUGGAGUAGAGGUAACAACAGCUUUGUUGUUUGGGAUCCCCAAGCCUUGUCCUUGAGUCUCCUCCCUAGAUACUUCAAGCACAACAAUUUCUCAAGCUUUGUUAGGCAGCUUAACACAUAUGGGUUUAGAAAGGUUGAUCCAGAUAGAUGGGAGUUUGCUAAUGAAGGGUUUCUCAGAGGGCAAAAACAUCUUCUCAGGAAUAUUAGGAGGAGAAAAGCUCCUCAAACUCAGACUUCUCAGGAAGCUUUAGAGGCUUGUGUUGAAGUGGGAACAUUUGGACUAGAUGGGGAAGUUGAUCGAUUAAGGCGAGACAAACAAGUACUAAUGGUGGAACUAGUGAAGCUUAGACAGCAGCAACAGACUACUAAAGCUUGCCUUCAACUUAUGGAACAAAGAAUUAAAAGGACUGAGAACAAACAGCAACAGAUGAUGAGUUUCUUGGCUAGAGCAAUGCAAAAUCCGAACUUUAUGCAGCAACUAGUCCAACAAAAGGACAUGAGGAAAGAACUUGAAGAGGAGAUUAGUAAAAGAGAAGGCGACCGAUUGAUCAAGGGCGUAGAGUUUGGUGAUCUUUCUGAGUUUGAAGUUCCAGAAUUUCACAAUCUGGCUGUGAACAUGCAAGGACUAAGCGAAAACCAACUGAUCAACUUGGAGGAGGAAUAUAUUGAGAAAGGAGAAGAAUAUGGAAAUGAAGGAAAAGACAUUGAUGAGGGUUUCUGGGAAGAUUUAUUGAAUGAGGAUAUUGACGAAGAAAUAGCAAUAUUGGGAGGUGAAGGUGAAGAUGAGGAAGAUGUAAAUGUGUUGGUUGAGCAGCUUGGUUACUUGGGUUCUUGUCCAAAGUAG